CCAAACAUAUCAAAAGCGCAACACUGUAGCUGGAUACUAUCAUGAUUUUCGCAACACCAUCAAUAGAAGCGACUAGCAUCAAAACAUCGAUACUAUCGAUAGUUCCCUCGGUGGUUUGACACCUCUAGUGCAAAGUGAAAAAAAGAGAAAAUUUAGGAAAAAGUUCAAGCAAUUUUCGAGGGAAUUAGUUUUAACGCACAUCCCAAUUAUCAACAGAAAGUGGAAAGAAGAGCAGCUACACAAUGACGUGGGAACCACAAGGAGACGGUCUGCAGCAGAUCAUUGGGAUUUUGAAAGAAUCUCAAUCCCCGGACACAGCGACCCAAAUGGCCGUACAAAUGAAACUGGAGGAAUUCAAUCGGUAUCCAGACUUCAACAAUUAUCUCAUCUAUGUGCUGACGAAACUCAAAACAGAAGACGAGCCAACACGCUCGCUAAGCGGCCUAAUCCUAAAGAAUAACAUCCGCAUGCAUGGCAGUAAUCUGCAGCCGGAGAUCGUUGAGUACAUCAAACACGAAUGCCUGCAGGCGGUGGGCGAUACCUCGCCCCUAAUACGGGCCACAGUUGGCAUACUGAUCACGACGAUUGCCAGCAAUGGAGGCCUUCACAACUGGCCCCAGCUGCUGCCGUCGCUUUGUGAGAUGCUCGAUAAUCCGGACUUUAAUGUGUGCGAAGGUGCAUUUAGUGCUCUGCAGAAGAUCUGCGAAGAUUCUGCCGAGAUCCUGGACUCGGCUGCCCUGAACAGACCGCUGAACGUGAUGAUUCCCAAGUUCUUGCAGUACUUCAAGCACUCCAGCCCCAAGAUUCGUUCCCAUGCCAUUGCUUGCAUCAAUCAGUUCAUCAUCAAUCGCUCCCAGGCGCUGAUGAUCAAUAUUGACAGUUUCAUUGAGAAUCUGUUCCACUUGUCGUCCGAUGAGGAUCACGAGGUGCGCAAGAACGUUUGCCACGGACUGGUCAUGCUGCUCGAGGUGCGCAUGGAUCGAUUGAUGCCCCACAUGUCUCAGAUUAUUGAGUACAUGCUGCUGCGCACCCAAGACUCCGACGAGGGUGUAGCCCUGGAGGCAUCCGAGUUUUGGCUGUCGCUCGCCGAGCAGAGUAUCUGCAAGGAUGUGCUGGCACCCUAUCUGGCCCAGUUAGCGCCCAUUCUGGUGCGCGGCAUGAGGUACUCGGAGAUUGAUAUUAUCCUGCUAAAGGGCAAUGUGGAGGAGGAUGAUAUGGUGCCGGAUCGGGAAGAGGAUAUACGGCCGCGAUUCCACAAGUCCCGCACACACACGAUCAAGAGUGGCCAGGAGGCGGGCGGCGGCCAGGCGGGAGCCGCCGGCGAGGAUGAUGACGAUGAUUACGAUGAUGGCCUCGACGAUGACAGCUCGCUGUCGGAGUGGAAUCUACGCAAGUGCAGUGCGGCCGCUCUGGAUGUCCUGGCCAAUGUUUUCCGCGAGGAUUGUCUGCCCAUUGUGCUGCCCAUCCUGAAGGAGACGCUCUUUCACCAGGAGUGGGUGGUCAAGGAGAGCGGUGUCCUUGCCCUGGGCGCCAUUGCCGAGGGCUGUAUGCAGGGAAUGAUUCAACAUUUGCCGGAACUGAUUCCCUACCUUAUCAGCUGUCUGUCCGACAAGAAGGCCCUGGUGCGAUCCAUUACUUGCUGGACACUGUCGCGGUACGCCAAUUGGGUGGUCAAUCAGCCGCAUGAUCAAUACUUAAAGCCCCUGAUGGAGGAGCUGCUGAAGCGCAUCCUCGACUCGAACAAGCGCGUGCAGGAGGCCGCCUGUUCAGCCUUUGCCACCCUCGAGGAGGAGGCAUGCACGGAGCUGGUGCCAUAUCUGGAGUACAUCCUCAAGACGCUCGUCUUUGCCUUCUCCAAGUACCAGCACAAGAAUCUGCUGAUUCUGUACGAUGCCGUUGGCACUCUGGCUGAUUCUGUCGGCCAUCAUCUAAAUAAGUCGCAAUACAUAGACAUUCUGAUGCCGCCACUGAUCGACAAGUGGAAUCUGCUGAAGGACGACGACAAAGAUCUGUUCCCACUGCUAGAAUGCCUCUCGAGCAUUGCCACAGCCCUGCAAUCCGGCUUUUUACCCUACUGCGAUCCGGUCUACAGGCGCUGCAUAUCCCUGAUUGAGCAGACAAUUAACCAGGAAAUGCUUUGCAAACAGAAUCAGACAUUCGAUCAUCCGGACAAGGAGCGCAUGAUUGUGGCAUUGGAUCUGCUGUCGGGCCUAGCCGAGGGUCUGGAUCGUCACAUUGAGACACUGGUGGUGAACAGCAACAUCAUGCAUUUGCUCUAUCAGUGCAUGCAAGAUGUUCUCCCAGAGGUGCGCCAAUCGUCGUUCGCACUGCUAGGGGAUCUGACCAAGGCCUGUUUCCCCCAUGUGCAUCCCUUUAUGGCCGAAUUCUUUCCCAUUUUGGGCCAAAAUCUGAAUCCCGAUUUCAUUUCGGUGUGCAAUAAUGCCACUUGGGCCAUUGGAGAGAUUUGCAUGAAAUUGGGUGAGGAAACCAAGCAGUACAUACAUCUGGUACUCACCGAUCUGUUUGUUAUAAUCAAUCGCCCGAAUACGCCCAAGACACUGCUGGAGAACACAGCAAUAACAAUCGGUCGUCUAGGUUAUGUGUGCCCAGUUGAAGUGGCUCCUUAUUUGCCCGAAUUUGUACGACAGUGGUGCACAUCGUUGCGUCACAUCAGGGACAAUGAUGAGAAGGACUCGGCCUUUCGUGGCAUGUGUAAUAUGAUCACGGUGAAUCCAGCUGGCGUGGUGCCCGACUUCAUAUUCUUUUGCGAUGCCAUUGCCUCGUGGGUGAAUCCACCGCAAGAUUUGCAUCAAAUGAUACAAAAGAUUCUCCAUGGCUUCAAGACACAGGUGGGUGAAGAAAAUUGGCGUCGAUUUGUGGAACAAUUCCCGCCAACACUGGCCGAGCGCCUGGUCACCAUGUAUAACAUCUAAGCAGCAAACACAACAGCGGAGCGGAGUGGUGUGGUGCAGACACAGGAGACAGGAGUUCUAAAACUAGACAAUUAUGUACAAGCAUGCGUCGUCGUAGCAACGUUCAUGGCUUCGUCUUAAUCUUUAACACAGCCCUAAGUUAUCCGAUUCGAUGCUGUUCGAAUAUUACGUUAAUUAAUUGAAAUUGAAAACAGCAAAAAGAGAAGAAGAAAAAAAACACAUAAAUCCACAUAACCAUACGCAUAACCACACAUACCACAUAUACUAUAUCGAUAUAUAUAUAUAUAUCUUAUAGAGAUUGAGCUAGAUAUCCAGCAUGCACACAUAUAUCCAAGCUAAGAAAAAACAAAAAAAGUUGCAGAUCUUAGAUCUGGCAAGAGCUUCUUUAGGCAGUCCUGUACUGCCCUGUCCAGUCCGUCUGUUCAGCUCAAGUAUCAAUAGAAAAGCAGAAGUAUACCCAUAGAUAAAAAUUAUGUGUUCCGGGCGUACUUAACCGGAUUGGAGUGCUAUAGAGACAUACCCAAACAAUCCAACAGUACACUCAGCCACAGCCUCAAGAAAAAUAGGGAAAUUAAUAAUGGAAUGGGUAAACACACGGGUGUUAUCUCCAUGCGGUAAUUCAUGAAUAUAAAUAAUAAAUAAAUCAAAUCAAAUCGAUCGUCGAAACUCGUGUCGCGUUAAACAAUAAACGUAAACUGAAAGCGUUGGGCUAAUUGUGAAAUAAAAAUCAAAAAUAAUAAAUAAAAAUUGCAAAUGAAUAUUAUGGAAUACCAAAACACUUACAAAUCAAAAUAAAGACUGAUGUUAAAAAAAAA